AUGAAACAUGUUCACUUUUCUAACACAUGUUACCAAACUUUCUAUCUCUCGCAACAAUCAUUGCCUAUACCAAGGUCAAAAGAUUCUUCUUACCCAAAAUCCAAAUCAAUUACAUCUCAGCAUUUUUAUCGUUUUUCUGUUUUCAUUAAGGAACUGCCGGAAAUUACUUGUGCACAUAAUACCAUUAAUACUUCCACGCAAUUGAUGACUCAUAAAAGGAGGAUAACUAAGAUUACCAAAAGGCCCGAGAAAUAUAUCUCUAUUUACUUGACUGGAGCAGCA